AUGUGGUGGCUAUUUAGGGCGAUCUUCAGCUCUAUCUUCCUGCUCAGCAUCGUCCUCUCCAUUCCCGUCGCCUUCGAUGUCGGCGGUCGCGACAGCGGGCUGGCUUACAGUCUAACCCUCUUCCUCUUCUACUUUAUAUACUCCAGCCUGGAGUUUUUGACGCCCGAGAAGUCGCGCUCGCGGUUCUUCCUCGCCGGGUUUCUACGCCUGUCGCAGUGGAUCAUCAUCCCUGCCCUCCUCAUCUGGGCGCUGGGUCAAUUCGCUGUCGAUGCCGGCGACACAAACUGGGUAGAGCGCACAGUUGGUGGCCUGUUGAACUCUAAAAGCACGAGCUGGAGAGAGUGGUUGUUUGGCAGAGACGGCUUGGUUGAGACGGUCACUCUCGGCGGGUGGGAUAAUGUGCUACGGUAUUCGGGUCCCGUGUUCCAGCUCUUGGAAGGUUUCUGUACCUUGUUGGUCAUCCAAGCCGCAGGACAGCUCACUAGAUGGCUCGUCAACCGCGGAAGAAGUGACACAUGGCUGAUCGUUCUUCUGGUUCUAUCAAGCUCUAUUAUGGCUAGCGCCGUCUACUUCCUCUGGAGGGUAGCACAAUUCCCCCAGAUUGGCAACAUCGAUGCCACCUUGAUUGGCAUCGCAAUGACAACUGCCGUGUUUCUGUGCGCUUUUGGUAUCGGCAGUGGUCGCGGCAAUCCUAUUGAGUCGUCGCUCCUGUUUGCCUACAUCGUCCUCUGCAUAUACCAGAUCUUUACCGACUACCUGCCCUCAGGAAAUGCAGACCACGCACAUGAACAUGACAGCUCUGACUCUGAUAUUCCUCCUCUGCCACCUAUCAUCAUGGCAUCAUAUUCAACAUUCCUCCACAUGUUGGGCUCACUACCUUACGCUGUGCACUCGUCGCUGGCCCUGCUAUAUGCCGCCUUCCAGACCAUUACACCAUCAGUCAUCAUCUCUUUAACAUAUCGCUCAUUAGUGUUCUACUGCGCCACACGCAUCAUCCCCUCCAUUCGCGAGUCUGGUGCUCAGGCAAUGAUGCAGGAGCCAGAAUGGGAGGAUGGGGAGACUGCCAGCAAAUUCCUGGGUUUCCUUAGCUGGUUUUCGCCAUCCCUUUUAAUAGCUGUUUACACCAGUCUGCUCUUGCAACAUUUCUCCACCAGCGACGGCCCUGAUGGCUGGACGCUCAGAGGUGGCGAUGUUGAGGGCAGCAACUGGCAGUGGGCCAAUAUCGGCCUGACGAUGGUGCUGUAUGGCGUCGAGCUCUAUUUGAGUUCUGACGAGCACGACCACUGGAAGGUUGACUAA